AUGGCCGACCUCCCAACCAUCGGAAGCUACCUCUUCAAGACCGCCGCACUCCUCAACGCCAUCUCCGUCCCAGGCCACAUCAUAUACGGCUGGAAGCAUCUCGACCCCGUCUUACACAGCACCCUCACCCACACAUCCGAGCACCGCGUGGCGGACGCCUGUGCGAAUGUCGGCUGGGAUCACAUGACCGUCGGAAUCCUUACAGCAGCCAUUUUGAACUACCGUUGGAGCAUGACGCGCGGACCGCAGCAGACGGACGAGAAGAUCAUCUUCUGGUCUCUGCUCGUCGGUGGCUGGUACGUCGGCCGGCGGUUCUGGUCCUUGCGCGAGUAUCGGCCGUUGGGCUGUUUGUGGGUGGCGCCCGUGGCGGGACUUAUUGGCUGGAGCCUCGUGUGA